CUAGAAUGACUCUUGCAGAAUGCAAAGUGACCAUGGCAGCACCUCACGAUACUCUACGCACAUCCUCUUAUCUACUCACUACCAAUUACCACUGAAAUCGCUUGUCACUCAUUCUGCCUCAGUUCUAGUAGCGGUGACGCAUGCGAGCCUCAGUCGUUUACACUCUUUCUCCCCGGCGUGUCGGACCGCAGCUAACAAUUAUCUCCGUGUGCAUUUCAUUCUCAGCAAUAGCCUAGCCUCCCCGGCGUAUACGACCCAUCUGCUGUCCUUAACAUCAAUCAAUUCAUUCACGGAUGUAGAAGAGUGGCCACAACUUCAGAAGUAAUCACGAC